AGAGCUGGAAAUAUGAAAGUAAUCAAUGCCAGGUGUAGAGGAGGACAGGAGUGAAGACGGGUAACGACGUUCAUAAUGUUAAUGAUGAAAGAACCAUUUAAAUUUAGAGACUUUCACAUUCCUCUUUCCCAGUGACCUGCCACAUUUAUUCUGACUCAUUUCUAUUUGUCAGAUGUUUUGUGUCGAGCAGAUGCACUUCUGCCCUCAGUACAUCCGGUGUUACAACACCAACACUAACAACUUUUCAGGAAGUCAAAGUGCAUCCGCUGAGCUGUUGUGCGUAUUUGACAUGAAAUGAGUUGUGAUUUAUUUAUUUUUUUUAAGAGAAAAUGAAACCCACUGAAUUCUUUGAAUAUGAGAAGCAACAUAUUUUUAAGCACACAUGGCUCGGUUCAGACACUGAAACAUUUUUUUUUUUUAAAAAGCCUUCGCUGUCAAAGCCACGGCGGUAUUGUUUUCACUUUGUGCGAGACAUCUUCACACCUCCUGUAGCAGGAACCACCACAGAGGCUGUUCUGUCUGUCGGCAGGGCCGGCCACCGAGAUGGCAGCAUGCAGUCAAACUUUACACGUGAGGUUGCGAACAAAGUGAAGGUUGCGGGGGGGAAGGGGUGAGGAAAGGGCCCGUUGACCGAUUUGGUGUCGCGGCUUGUGCGACCCGUCUCAAGAUGGUCUCUAGUUUCCCUUGCCAGAACAAACCUCAGCAAUGCUCCAACCCCCUUACUUUCUCAGGCUCUGAGACACUCAGUUCAUCAAAAUAAGUAGAAGUAUGUACUUAUGUACUCUUUUGGUGUACUAUCUAUAUAUAAAUACUACUAGUAUUUGACCGCUUUAGUUACAUUAUGGGAGAUUAUAUUAGAUCACAAUACUUCCUCCACCUCCCACCAUCUUUUUAUUUUUAAGACUAAUUCCUUUUCCAGUCACAUUAUUUCUCCAAGAGUAAAGCCGCGAGGUGUCCAGGAGGAGAGCUUCGUGAUGUGACCCGGUGGAGGUCAGCGGCUACCGAAUGUUUACCCCUCACACCCAACUAUGUGGCCGGAGGAGCUCUGGAGUGGGUGGGCCCUUCGAUGAUGUGCUCACAAAGUCCACACUGUCCAGACAGUCCCGUGCACACCUAGUCCCACCCCCUCUCUCACCCCUGAGUCGCUUACCUCUCCCCCUCCUGCGCUCCCCUGUCCUCUUCCCCUGCUCCUCUUCCAUGGUCCGCUACUCGUUUGAAGUUCGAAGGAGUUGUGGAGACGCUCUCGCUCCGUCCGACAUCUCGUCCCUCACAGCCACCACCAUGGGUCACGGCAGCAGUAUCUGUAGAUUCCUCCUCCUGGUGCUCCUCAGCCUCUUGGUAGCCUUUGUACACGCAGAGACAGCAGCAGACUCAACGACCAGAGAAAACCAGGACACCAUGUCUGGAGAAGCCCCCGGUGACGUUACCACCAAAGACCCGUUGCAGGCCAUGACGGAGCCGUCCUUCACCUUCGACUACGAGGACAUCACACACUCUCAGGCCCUCGACGAAGAGGAGGGGGUGCUGGGGCCGGGGGCCAUCACAGCCAUUGUCAUAGCGGUCUUCCUUGGAGCGUCGGUCCUUCUCGCCCUCAUCGUCAUCACGCUCAGGAAAUUCACCGCCUCCUAGAGUGAACACGUCCCACCUAGUGUGUGUGUGUGUGUUUGAAUGUCUAUGUUUCUCUUGUGCCUCUCAUCUCUCAGCUCUUUCUUUCGAUCCGAGUCGUGUCUUUCGCUUCGCUGUAGAUGCUGAAAAUUGUGGCAGGUCCCUUAACCGACAGAUUUUUACAGAUUUCCUCCUGUCGACACACUCACAUGUCCACUGGCUACUGAAGGCAUGAUGUUAGAAACUGGCUGGCUCUUCCAGUGGAAAUCUCAGCAUGGUUAUGUCAUUCACUUUGUAUUUUUCUUGAUCUUUCAUGCUCCUAUAAAGUUUGUUUUCGGGGUAUUCUGCACUUGUUUGCUUUUAUUUGUAAGUGUGAGUGUGUCUGUCUGUGUGCGUCUGCGUCUGUUUGUGUGUGUGUGUCUGUGUGUGUGUGUGUGCGCGUGCACGCGCUCUUGUCAGUCUGUGUCCUACUUUUGUCAUUUAUUAAGAAAGAUACACAUGAGGUUUUUAUUAGUCUUUCAACGUGAGCCCAAAUCAUGUGUAACAUAUUUCCACAUACACGUUUGUAUUCCACCAUUUACAAAGUCAAAGUUCGGAGACAAAAAGUUGGAUGAAUUUGUUUAGCAAUCGAGUGAGUAGUUUCUUUGGUGGUGUUUUAUUCGCAGGGGAUUCGAAAAUGAUUUUAGUAACAUUACUGUAUCUUUUUUCUAUAAGCCUCAGAAUCCUCAGCUAUACAGCUGGAUGUUGCCAUGGUAAUGUC